AUGGAAAGAGACCCAGACACCGGCAUCUCCAUUCUCGUUGUCGGCGGCGGCAUCGCAGGCCUCUCCUUCGCCAUUGAAGCCCACCGCAAGGGCCACAAUGUCCGCGUUAUCGAACGACGAGCUGCGGGGGAGACAUUCGGCGAGCUCAUCGCCAUCACGGGCCCAGCCUUGUACACGCCCCGUCAAUGGCCUGGACUCAUGAAAGCGGCCAGGAAAGAAUCCGUUACACCGGGAGUGACGAUGCGCAAAUACGACGGCACAGAGAUAGGGACAUUUCCCGUUGGCGACCCUAAUAACCCAACGCUGCCAAUUUACCGGUCAAAGCUCCAUCGCGUGCUGGGCGACUAUGUGGCCACGCUUGGGAUCUCGGUCGAGUACGAGUGUGGGGGCGCCGAGUACUUCGAAGCGGAUGACCAUGCCGGGGUUACUCUUCCCGACGGGCGCCGACUUAGAGCAGAUGUGGUAGUUGCUGCAGACGGUGUCGGAUCGAAAUCGUGGGAAUCGGUCGUCGGGACAAAGGAGCCUCCCGUAUCUUCGGGGUUUGUGCUCUACCGGGUGACCUUUCCUGUUGCGCCGGCGUUAAACAAUCCAAUCAUUGCAAAGGAGCUUGGCGGUUACGUAGAUCGGACCUUUUUGCAUGCCGGACCGGACGCGCACAUGGUUUCGUGUAUGAACAAGGAGCAGGAGGACAACUCCACCGCCACGGAAGACUGGGUCAAAGAUACUUCCAUCGAAAAAGCGCUUGAAGCCGUGGAGGGCUGGGAGCCAUAUGUGACUGAGCUCAUCAAGGCAACGCCGAACCGCACCGUCCUGGACUGGAAGCUCAUGUGGCGCGACCCGCAGCCGAAAUGGGUGUCGGAUGGCGGGCGCGUCGUGCAGAUUGGUGAUGCUGCCCAUCCUUUCCUCCCAACUUCAGCUAGCGGUGGAACGAUGGCCAUGGAAGACGCGUUCUCACUUGCUGCUUGUUUAAGUAUUGCGGGGAAGAAGGAUAUACCGAUUGCGACGAAGGUGCACAAUCAUUUACGGUUCGAGCGCGUCUCCUGCGCACAGAAAAUGGGCUUUAAGAACCGCGAGCUCUACCACAAGACCGACUGGGAUGCAGUCGCCAAGAAUCCCGAAAUCAUGGGAAAGAUGGUGGGCAUGUGGUUGCUGUUGCAUGACCCGCAAAAGUACGCAUAUGAGAACUAUGAGAAGUGCAAGGAAUCCUUGCUCCAAGGAACACCGUUUAAAAACACAAAUGCUGUUCCGGGGUAUACAUAUAAACCAUGGACUGUGAAGGAGCUGCUGGAAGCGUCAGAUCGGGGCGAGGGGGUUGUUGAUGAGGGGGAGUGGUGA